GUCGAGAUCCUCUACGAUCUGACAGAUCGUCAUGCCAUCAUGAAUGCCACGGGCAGCAACAGCGUCGUUAACGGCAACGACAGCAACACCACGAUCCCAAGCAAGACGAGCCCACACGGCAACAGCGGCGGCCGUCUGCAGAGCGUGAUCGGCAAGCAGAGUAGCUGUUGCGUGCGCAAGAUGAGCACGAUGCCAGAGGAGGAGGACGCGUCCGACGACAUGGAUCCUGACUCUGUAACGACAGGACACCAGCGCUAUCAGCAACAGCAUCAUCAUCACGACGCCGACUCGGACACACCGUCCGAGGAGAGGGGUCGUUUGUUGAGCACCACCACCGAGCCAGCUCGUAGGAUCACGAUCACCCCGACUGGCUCGAGCCACCUGCACAGCAACGGCGGUCUGAAGAAGACAAUCCCCCGUAACGACAGUGCCAGUAGCAUCCACGAGAAGUCGAAUCGGCUGCAACAAUACAAACAGGGCGAACCGAUCGGUCCAUUGGAGACCAGGCUCCAUCGGGACAUACCGCAAGGUGUGCUGAAGCUGAACCGAGCGAUCGACUCGCUGCACGGUGGACGUCAUCGUUGCUCGAGCGUCAGAUCAGUGAAAUCGAACCCGACCAUGGACGAUCAUCAGCUUCAGUAUCAUCCACCGGCGGCCAGCUGGGCGUCCAUAGUGUUCUCCGAUGUGAACGGGCAGACCCAUGUCCGGCAGUUUCCCGAUUCCGUGUCUAUACGAUCUCUGGCUUCGAUCGGGAUGGGCUCUUCAGUACAUCCGCCGACCUCAUUUGAAGAUGACCUGUCCGUGUGUACCAGCUUCGACGAUGCAGAUGCAGAGGACCCCGGGGACUACAGACAGCCGAGGCGACCGCAUUGGGCCAACAAAGUGCAAUUUGUCCUUGCUUGUAUCGGUUACUCUGUCGGCCUCGGUAACGUUUGGAGGUUUCCUUAUCUAUGCUAUAAAAGUGGCGGUGGUGUGUUCUUGAUACCUUACUUCUUGAUACUUAUAGUCUGUGGAGUACCAUUGUUAUAUAUGGAACUUAGUAUUGGACAAUUUACUCGACGAGGACCGAUCGGUGCUCUCGGUCAGAUUUGUCCCUUAUUUAAAGGGGCCGGCUUAUCGUCGGUAGUAAUAUCAUUUUUGAUGUCGACCUACCAUAAUGUGAUAAUAGCCUACGCUAUAUACUAUUUCUUUGCGGCGUUCAGAGCAAAACAGCCAUGGUCCGACUGUGACAACUCGUGGAACUCUCUGGCCUGCUGGUUACCCACCUACAGUGUCACUGACAAUCGUACCCGUCCGAAUGCUUCGAGAACACCAUCCGAAGAAUUUUUCGACAAUAAGGUACUUCAAAUCAGCAAGGGCAUCGAAGAGUCUGGAGCGCUGAGAUGGGAGCUCGUCGCCUGUCUAAUCACUGCCUGGAUUCUAGUGUACUUCUCCGUAUGGAAAUCCAUAAAAUCGUCGGCGCAAGUCCGCUACAUUACCGCGACCCUGCCGUUCGUUUUAAUCGUCGUGUUCCUAACACGGUCUCUCACCCUUGAAGGCGCCAACAAGGGUCUGCAAUUCUUCUUUCAUCCACGAUGGGAGCUGCUCGGCGAUGCAAAGGUGUGGAUCAACGCAGCCGCUCAGAUCUUCAAUUCGGUCGGCAUAGCGUUCGGUUCGAUGAUAUGUUUCGCCAGCUACAACAAAUUCCACAACACGAUCUUGGUGGAUAGCGUCGCGGUUUCGCUUAUAAACGCGUUCAGCAGUUUGCUCGUCGGGAUAUUCUCGUUCGCCACCAUCGGUAAUAUCGCUGUCGAACAAAAUAUGUCCGUCGAGGCCGUUUUAACGGAUGGACCUGGUCUGGUAUUCGUCGUUUACCCGCAAGCGUUAGCCAAGAUGCCAGCGUCGCAACUCUGGGCCGUCUUAUUUUUCUUUAUGCUAGUCUGCCUUUCUUUGAAUAGUCAGUUCGCAAUAGUGGAGGUGGUCGUGACGUCAAUACAAGAUGGCUUCCCGAAGUGGGUGAAGCGUCACCUCGUCUGUCACGAAAUGUUAGUACUUUUAGUGUGCGUAAUAUCGUUUUUGUUCGGUCUGCCUAAUAUAACACAGGGCGGUAUUUAUUUUUUCCAAUUGAUAGACCACUACGCGGCCUCGAUAUCGAUCAUGUUUCUGGCGUUCUUCGAAGUGAUCGCGAUAUCGUGGUUCUAUAGUGUACGACGACUUUGCAACAACGUGAAGGAAAUGACUGGACGCGUGCCGUCUCUAUACUUCCGGUUCUGUUGGCUGUUUGCAGCACCCCUCCUUAUCAUGGCUGUGUGGGUGUUCAGCUUAAUUGAUUAUGAACCACCGACCUACCGCAACGGCGAGUACGACUACCCUUGGUGGGCAGAGGCGAUCGGCUGGGGAAUUGCCUCUCUUUCCCUUAUUUGCAUUCCCGCUUUCGCUAUCUACGAGUUCAUCAAAGCGAACGGCAACACUUGCGCCGAGAAAUUCUGUAACGCCAUUAAGCCACAUUUCGAGGCGUGCAAGAUCUGCGGCCAAGAAUACUGCACCGAACCGAUGCACAAUUUCGAAGAGGAUGUGGUCAAAGAGUUGCCACACGAUGCUAACAGUCCAAUACAACUUAAUACCGAUUGUCUUUUACCGAAAUCUCCGGAAUGA